AUGGCCACCCAAUCUGGCAUUACUGCAUCGACAGAACUUCUCGAUGACUUCAAGUCAUUACUGAAGGGGGCUCUUGUCAUCACGUUGAACGAUGACUCUACUCAAUUGGUCCCAGACUCUUCCUUCUCGCUGCCUUCCUCGGCUGACCUUGAGCUGUUGUUCAAGAGCUUGAAUGAGUACUUUGAGGAAAGGUACCCAACUCCAGGCUAUGCUGUUGUUCACAAAGACGAAGGUGACUUUAUCUUUAUAAGUUUUAUUCCAGACUCGGCUCCAAUCAGACAGAAGAUGUUGUUCGCUUCUACUAAGAACACUGUGCUUCAGCAGUUGGGCUCCAGCAACUUCGGCGCUAAGAACAUCUUGGCCCUUACUGAACUCGACGAGUUGUCUCUUUCACACUAUGAGCAUUUGACUCUGAGGGAUAACGAUGCUCUUUUGACAUCUGAUGAAAAGAUCCUUGCUCAGAUCAACUCCGUCCAGAACCUUAACUUGGGACAGUCCAGUGGGCAGUCUUUCAAGAGGGAAUUGCCUUCGAUGCAUUCCGAUAAACUGUCAUCGACCUCUGGCUCGAAUUUGCUUUUCAAGGUCAAUGAUGAUCUUGAAAAGGAGCUUCUGGGUGACUUGACAGGUAAAUUGGUGGUUAUCAGAAUUGAUAAAGAGGUUGAAACUCUCGACUUGGUUAAGGCUUCUCAAGAUAUCUCUACUGAGAAUCUUAUAAGUAGCUUAGAGCUGGCUGUUGGUGGUUCUGAUGCUUCCCCAGUGUACGCUUUGUUUGGGUACGAUGAUAAGAAGGUUGCUUUCAUCUACCUGUGUCCAUCCGGUUCGAAGGUUAAGGAUAGAAUGUUAUACGCUGCUAACAAGCAAGGAUUCCUCUCACACCUUAAAGCUGACCAUUUUGAAGCCAAUCAGCUUGACGUGGUGCUAGAGGUUGGAGACUUGGAUGAGAUCGAUAUCUCCAAGUUAGAAAAAGAAGGUUCCAAAGGAACACAACAAAGUGCCAACAAUUUGAGGUUCUCCAGACCAAAGGGCCCUAGAAGAAGGUAG